CUUUCGAUUUUUUGUCAUAAUCAUAUAUUCAACAGACUGCAGUGGGACCUACAAACCCGGGUAUCGGCUAUUUGGCAAAGAACUGUUGUGAAAUCUGAUGGAAUAUAAUAAGCCUACAUCAGGGCAGGCACUCAUCUGAUCUGUGGGUUGUCUGAUAGACCCCAGACAAGGCUACUGCUUCACCAGCGACGUUGUUCGACGACCAAGAGUAGUGAAGAGGAUCAGUGGCGUGGACGUGUGAUUGCUUCAUAAUUAGAGACAAAACACCUUUGCCGAUAUGGAAGAACCUACUUACACUUCUGUGAAUGACCCCAAUGGGAAUGCUCCUCCAUUCUGGUCAGAUUCCCAGCAUUCCCAACUUGAGGCAGUGGAGAGCUUUAGGAGGAAACUCAAGUUUUUCUUCAUGAACCCAUGUGAGAAGUACAAAGCUCGUGGGAGAAAGCCAUGGAAACUACUUCUGCAAAUAAUCAAAACUGCCAUCAUUACAAUUCAGCUGGUCUCAUUUGGACUCAGUAACCAGAUGGUUGUCACAUUCAAAGAGGAAAACCUGAUGACAUUCAGGCAUUUAUUCCUAAAGGGCUACACUGACGGCAGUGCAAACACGUAUGCAGUGUACUCACAGAAAGACAUGUAUGACCACAUUGGAUAUGUUAUAGAACAGUUUGCGGACCUGCAGAACAUUUCCGUGGGAAACCAUGCUUACGAGAAGACUGGCCUAGCCUACACCCCCCUGGUCCUGUGCCAGCAGUCAUACAGAAAUGGAAGCAUUUUGCCUGGAAAUGAGACCUUUGACAUUGAUGCAGGAGUGGAUGUUGAGUGUGUGGAAAUCUAUCCAGCGGCACCUUUUCAACAAACACCCAUUAACAAAUACCCAGCAAAUCUCACAUUAGAUUUCAAAAGGCUCCUUGCUGUGAACAUCAACUUUACACUGAAAGCCAUCAAUCUGCAGACUGUCCAAAAUCACGAGUUGCCUGACUGCUAUGACUUUGAUAUAAUGAUCACCUUCAACAACAAGGCCCACAGUGGGAGAAUCAAGGUGGAUUUGGAUCAGAAUGUUGAGAUCAAGGAAUGCAAAGACUGGAAUGUCACAGGGACAUCCCCAAGGAAUCUUCUCUACAUCAUUUUCUUCGACACCAUCAUCAUUCUGACAUGCCUCACAUCUCUGAUUCUCUGUUCCAGAUCAGUUGUCAGUGGAAUAAAACUGCAGUUUGAGUAUACCAACUUUUUUGCCACCUGUUAUGACAAAACCGUGCCCUGGUCUGACCGAAUGGAGUUUAUAAAUGGCUGGUAUUUCCUCAUCAUUGUCAGUGACUCACUGACCAUCAUCGGCUCCAUCAUAAAAAUUGAAAUCCAGAUAAAGGACGUGACCAGUUACGACAUAUGCAGUAUUCUACUGGGGACCGGUACCAUGCUCGUGUGGAUAGGGGGUCUUCGUUACAUGGGCUACUUCAGGAAAUACAACAUUCUCAUCCUAACUCUGAGAGCAGCAUUCCCGAACGUCAUCAGGUUCUGCUGUUGUGCUGCCAUGAUCUACCUGGGGUACUGCUUCUGUGGAUGGAUUGUGCUGGGGCCCUAUCACGAAAAGUUCCGCACACUGAACACCGUGUCCGAGUGCUUGUUCUCCCUGAUCAACGGAGAUGACAUGUUCCCCACGUUCAAAGACAUGCAGGUGAAGAGCUACAUGGUGUGGCUCUACAGCCGUAUCUACCUGUACACCUUUGUGUCCCUGUUCAUCUACAUGGUUCUCAGUCUGUUCAUCACCCUCAUCACGGACACCUAUGAAACCAUUAAGCACCAACAGCAAGACGGCAGUCCAGGUUCUGAGUUGCACGCCUUCAUGUCCGAGUGCAAAGACUCGCCUGACUCGGGACACUACCGCAAGGACAAAAAGCGCACCAACUGUCUUCUUUGUUGUCUUCCACAGUGCAGGUCAAAUGAUUAUCAAGAAAGACUGCAGAAUUAACAGCUGCCAGAAUGCAUGUGUGCCCCAGAAGAAAUGGUGGAGAAAUCUAAAAAUGUGAAGUUUACUGAAAUGUAGAUUACUGUACUGUUUUGAUUGUUCUGAAUGUGUAGCAGCAUAAUAAUAAUAACGAUACCAAUAAUAAUAACAAUAAUAAUAAUAAUAAUGAUGAUAAUCAUGUUCUAUGUUGUAUGGAAGACCAGCAAAGCACUUUAUCCAAGAGGGUCUUAAGUGACCUUUUUAAUGUGUUGUGUGAAAUGAAAUGUCGGCCUUGCCUUAAAUGUACACAGUAAUAAAUACACACUUUGUUAGAAAUGAACACUGGUGAUCAGUGCACCAACAACAUGUUGACACCCUGUUUAUAAUGUCUUUUACGCACAUUCCGAUGCACUUUGGCACUUUCUCUCUGUAUCUCUACUGUUAAGGCUGCAACAGGUGGAUGAUUUUGGAGAACAGAUUUUAUAGUACAAAUACUUUGUUACUCUCUCUAAACCUCAAUAUGUAAAUGUGCCUAUGGUGUACAAGAAAUCAGCACACAGUCAUGAGUACAACAUCUGCUGAUAAUCCUCUGUAUGAGAUUUUCUUGUUGUUGUUGUGUUUAUCUCAUUAGAUUAAUAUAAAGGUGUUUUGUUAAGAGAUUCCAGAGAGGUAUUCCAAAGAAAAAUAAAUGAGUGAAUAGUUCGAAA